UCCAAAUCUGUGGUUUGGAAUGCCUAAAUUCUUCUCUUCCAGAAUCGGGUUAUACAGCUACUAACCAUCAGCCAAACGUAAACCGGACCCUAAUGUUUGGUUUUAUAAAAUAAAGACCACUAGAUAGAGACUAAAAAAAGAAGAUGUGUUACACCACACGUGCACCGCUCAGCUAAACGGGUUUUAGUUUUUAGAUUUCGAUUUUUUUAGUUUGAAAAAAUAUAAUAUCUGAAAAUAUCAAGAAAUGAAGCUUAUGGAUGACUACGAAAGAAUAAGACUACUAAUUAAUAUUUUUAUGACCCAUAAUCUAACCAAAACCAACAAAUCUGUAAAUUUACAUAAGUUCGUCAGGGAUGUUCAGGAGACAUUUAGAAACAAAGGUCAUAUUUUUUCGGAGAAGGAAAUAUUAUUAACAUGGAAAGAGUUACUAGAAGAAUAUUAUUAUUAUAAAGAAAAUUUUUCGGCUGAAGAUGCAAAGCAGGCUUGGAACUUAUUUGAUUUGAUGGAUAACUGCUUUGAUCAAAAAAGAUCAGAAAAAUUUAAUUCACACUUAAUAUUUUUCCUUAUCGAUUGUAUGACUAACCAUAGAGAUUCUUUGGCAAAGUAUGGACUUACACAAGAGGUUUUAGAAUCUAUAGAGCAAGAAUUUAAAGAAUUGGGAAACAAUAACAUAAACCAAAAAGAUAUUUAUACCCAAUGGGAACUUCUAAAACAGUCUUACAGAGAAAGUAGGCAACUUAUGAAACAAAGAUGUCAAAAUCAACAGUUCAAUGAAUAUUUUGAAGCGAUGAGAAUAUUCUACCAAAGUCCCGAAUUUUUAAUGCAUAAGCAAUACCACAGCCCCUUGAAAAGGAGAAAUACUAAUAAAGAUGACAAUGAUAACAGAUCUAAAAAAGUUAAUGAAUCAAAGACAUUUAAUUCCACAAUGCGUUACAAAUUGCUUGCAUGUAUAAAAAACAAAAAAAGUGAAUUGGGAUUUAAUAAGGAAUUAAGUCCAACACUUUUAACUCACAUAGUAGAUGAAUUCCAAAAAUUUGGUUAUCAUCUAACAACAGAAAUCAUUUGUAAUGAGUGGAAUGAUUUAUAUUACAGAUAUGAGCUCUUGAAAUCAAGUGAUGACCCAUACCAUUGGAAGUACUUCAGUGAUGUCAACAAUAUCUGCCAUUCUUCAGAAUCUGUUGUAGUGGAGAACAUCGAAACCAACCCAGUAUCAGAUAUAGAAAACAACAUUUUAGAUAAAUACUCCAAAAGGUUUACAGAAAUGCCGGAAUUGCGGGAUUUGAUGUUGGAAAAUAAUCUUUCUGGGGAAGAAGUUAAUUACUUGUUAAAUUUCAAUGAUACGUGAUAGAGGUAAUGCUUUUAACAACUCAAUUUUUGUACAAGAUUUGAGUCUAGUUUUUUGUCUGUUUGAAUUACUUAAAAGACAAAUCGGAAACAAUUCUUGUACUAGGAUUGGGUAUAAAUAAUGAAAAAUGUCGAAUAUUGCAUUUUGCUAAGUACACAAUGUUUUGGUAGAAGAAAUAGUAUGUUGAUUUUGUUAUUGUAGAACUUGAAGUUCCAGUUACGUUUUUUAAGAGGGCCGUGCCCAUUUUUGUUUUCUUAUUAAAUAAAACGUUCUAAAAAAAAUGUUUUAAACUUUAUCCUCGAACCAGUUCUGUCUACGAACAUUCCCUAUACCCUAAUUUUUGUACGUAGUUUUAUGAUUGCCCAUUUUACUAAACGGAAUUAAAAUUGUCA